GUAGUGCGCGCGCACGCCUCAGUCCUCAUCAUGCGCGAUUCAGGCUGAUGAGGAAGGCUUUUCUAAGUCGGCGUCGGGGUUGCUGUAGUACAUUUUCCGCGUGGUUUUAGUGCAAUUUAAUACGUAACUGUGACUUUACGUUGGAACAUUUUCUUCUUCUGGUUCUUCUAUUUCUUCUUCUUCUUUUUUUCCACCGUUGCAAAUAUUAGUGUGGCAACUGUGAAUGGGUACACAGGAGUGGGCUACUGCCCACCAAGUCUGACUGUGUUUCGGGGGUGCUGAGAAGAAGAACAUGUAAGAAUCCGCAGGCAUCCCCGCAGAUCAUUUCGGAUUCCCAGUCAAAAUGCAGAAAGGGAUGCGACUCAAUGAUGGCCAUAUCACCUAUUUGGCUCUUUUGGCGAAAAAGGAUGGGACGCGGCUAGGUUGCCUGAGUAAAAAAAGCUCAGACAACACAAAAUGGCAUUCAAAGUGGUUCGCUUUGUUGCAGAAUAUGCUGUUUUAUUUCGAAAACGACUCCAGCUCACGCCCCUCCGGACUGUACCUGUUGGAGGGAUGUGUCUGUGACAGGGCACCGUCACCAAAACCAUCUCUCUCAGCGAAGGAAUGCUUAGAGAAGCAGUAUUACUUCACAGUCACAUUCAAUCAUGACAGCCAGAAGGCUCUGGAGCUGCGCACUGAGGAUGUCAAGGACUGUGAUGAAUGGGUGGCUGCUAUCACACAGGCCAGUUACAGGAACCUGGCUACAGAGCAUGAGACCCUCAUGCAGAAGUAUCUCCAUCUACUCCAAAUUGUGGAGACGGAGAAAACGGUUGCUAAGCAACUUCGACAACAGAUAGAGGAUGGGGAAAUUGAGAUAGAGCGGCUGAAGUCAGAGAUUGCUGGACUGCUCAAGAACAAUGAGAAGAUCCAGUCAAAUCCAGAGGUACUGCCCAGUGAUGAUGACACAGAGAUCAAGAAGAUCAAAAAGGUCCAGAGUUUCCUGCGUGGUUGGAUCUGCCGCAGGAAGUGGAAGACCAUCAUCCAGGAUUACAUCCGUUCACCCCAUGCUGAGAGCAUGAGGAAGAGGAACCAGGUGGUGUUUAGCAUGCUGGAGGCUGAGGCUGAAUAUGUCCAACAGCUCCACAUCUUGGUCAAUAACUUCCUGCGGCCGCUCCGCAUGGCCGCCAGCUCUAAGAAGCCACCCAUCACCCACGAUGAUGUCAGCAGCAUCUUCCUUAACAGUGAGACCAUCAUGUUCCUCCACCAAAUCUUCUACCAGGGUCUGAAGGCCAGGAUAGCCAGCUGGCCAACACUGGUGCUGGCUGACCUGUUUGACAUCUUGUUGCCAAUGCUGAACAUCUACCAGGAGUUUGUGAGGAACCACCAGUACAGCCUUCAGAUCCUGGCCCACUGCAAGCAGAACCGAGACUUCGACAAGCUGCUGAAGCAGUACGAGGCCAAGCCCGAUUGUGAGGAAAGGACGCUGGAGACCUUCCUCACUUAUCCCAUGUUUCAAAUCCCUCGUUACAUCCUGACAUUACACGAGCUGCUGGCUCACACUCCCCAUGAGCAUGUGGAGAGAAACAGUCUAGACUACGCCAAGUCAAAACUGGAGGAACUUUCCAGAAUCAUGCAUGAUGAGGUGAGUGAGACGGAGAACAUAAGGAAGAACUUGGCUAUUGAGCGAAUGAUUGUGGAGGGUUGUGAAGUGCUGCUGGACACCAGCCAGACGUUUGUUAGGCAAGGUUCCCUGAUUCAGGUGCCGAUGAGCGAGAAAGGGAAGAUCACGAGAGGCCGACUGGGCUCUCUGUCGCUAAAGAAGGAGGGCGAGAGACAGUGUUUCCUCUUCUCCAAACAUCUCAUCAUCUGUACCCGAGGCUCCGGGGGGAAACUUCACAUCACUAAGAACGGAGUGGUCUCUCUCAUAGACUGCACACUAAUGGAAGAGCCAGAGGGGACAGAUGAUGAAUCCAAAGGGGAGCGGAGUGGUCAGGACGCAGAGCACCUGGACUUCAAAGUGAUGGUGGAGCCUAAAGAUGUCCAGCCUUACACCGUCAUCCUGGUGGCUUCGUCCCGACAGGAGAAGUCGGUGUGGACGAGUGACAUCAGCCAGUGCAUUGACAACAUCCGCUGCAAUGGUCUGAUGAUGAAUGCCUUCGAGGAAAACAGUAAAGUCACUGUGCCACAGAUGAUUAAGUCGGACACUAGCUUGUACUGUGACGAUGUUGACAUCCGCUUCAGCAAGAUGAUGAACUCCUGUAAGGUACUCCAGAUCCGUUACGCUAGCGUGGAACGCCUGUUGGAGAGGCUGACUGACUUGCGCUUCCUCUCCAUUGACUUCCUCAAUACCUUCCUCCACUCCUACCGCGUCUUCACCAGCGCUGAUGUAGUGCUGGACAAGCUCAUCACCAUCUACAAGAAACCCAUCAGUGCCAUCCCUGCACGGUCUUUGGAGCUUUUCUUUGCCAGCAGCCAGAACAACAAACUUCUCUACGGUGAGCAACCCACAUCACCAUGUGCCAGCCGCAAGUUUUCCUCCCCUCCUCCUCUCUCCAUCACCAAGUCGUCCUCGCCCAACCGCCGUCGCAAGCUUUCCCUCAACAUCCCUAUCAUCACAGGGGGUAAAGCUCUGGACCUGGCUGCGCUCAGCUGUUCUCCCAAUGGCUAUACAAGCAUGCACUCCACCAUGUCACCAUUCAGUAAGACCUCCCUCGACAUCAACAAGCUCUAUGUGUCGAGCACCAUGGCCAGCAAGAUCCCUGAUGAGGGAGAGUCCAAAGCUGAAGGCAAGGCUGAAGAGUCUGUCCUCAACAAGCAAGAUCUGUCUGUGAGAGAGGAAUGCGAUGAAGACCCAAGUCAGAGUGACGAGGCAGAGGCAGAAAUGUCUCCACCCAAGUCUCCAUCAACACCCAAAAAUGUCAAAUCAAAAAACUCUGAGUUUUCCCUAUUUUCCUUCAACAGUGGCAUGGUGGUGUCAUCUUGCCGGGAGCUGGAUAAUAACCGCAGUGCCCUUUCUGCUGCCUCAGCCUUUGCCAUCGCUACCGCAGGUGCCAAUGAAGGCACACCAACCAAGGAGAAGUACCGUCGUAUGUCUCUUGCUAGCACAGGUUUUCCUACUGACCAGAGGAAUGGGGACAAAGAGUUUAUUAUCAGAAGAGCUGCCACAAACAGAGUCCUGAAUGUGCUGCGUCACUGGGUUUCUAAACACUCACAGGACUUUGAGCUGAACACCGAGCUGAAAAUGCGGGUAAUUGGCUUCCUGGAGGAGGUGAUGCAUGACCCAGAGCUCCUGACACAGGAAAGAAAGGCAGCUGCCAACAUUAUUAGAACUCUAACUCAGGAGGACCCUGGAGACAACCAGAUUACCCUGGAAGAGAUCACACAGAUGGCCAUGGAGGACUGUAAAACCGAACCAUUUGAAAGCCACUCUGCACUGGAGAUAGCUGAGCAACUCACACUGCUCGACCACCUGGUCUUCAAGGUCAUCCCAUAUGAGGAGUUCUUUGGUCAAGGCUGGAUGAAGAAUGACAAGAACGAGAGAACUCCGUACAUCAUGAAAACAACAAAGCAUUUUAAUGAUAUCAGUAACAGGAUUGCCACAGAGAUCCUGCAGUGGGAUGACGUCAACAUGCGGGUGGCGGUGAUUGAGAAGUGGGUGGCGGUGGCUGACAUCUGCCGCUGCCUCCACAACUACAAUGCUGUGCUAGAGAUCAUAUCGUCUCUCAACCGCAGCUCCAUCUUCCGCCUCAAGAAGACCUGGCUUAAGGUUUCCAAGCAGACAAAGACUGUGAUUGACAAGUUACAGAAGCUUGUGUCAUCUGAGGGCCGAUUCAAAAACCUAAGAGAAGCUCUGAAGAACUGUGACCCUCCCUGUGUUCCCUACCUGGGCAUGUACCUGACGGACUUAGCCUUCAUCGAGGAGGGAACACCCAACUACACAGAGGACAACCUGGUCAACUUCUCCAAGAUGAGAAUGAUAUCUCACAUUAUCAGAGAGAUACGACAGUUUCAACAAACAUCUUACAAGAUUGAUUAUCAACCAAAGGUGGCAAAGUACCUGCUGGACAGUAGUAGAGCGCUGGACGAGGAGAGCCUGUACGAAGCAUCUCUGAGAAUCGAGCCCAAAACUUCAUCAUGAAGAUGAUUACCCCUUCUCCCAGCCCUCACUUGGAGUGUACAGGAACAAUUUAUUAUAAUGUACAUACACUAUUAUUUGUAUUAGACACAGUAUGCUGUGCUCUUCUAGUAUGUGCUCCCCAAUGGACUUGUUGUGUAUAAUUGUUAUUAGAGACUGAGUAGAAGCCCAAAGAGGCUUUAUUUAUAUUUACAGAGUAAUUAAUUAUAUGUUAUUUAUUGUCUUAAACUCCAUUUUAUGAUGAGUUAUUUUCAACAACAGAAUAAACACAUGAUUCCUAAUGGGAAUGUGUAGUAUAGAAAGGAACUCAUUAAUGAGCGAUGGAGUCACAUUUAACACAUGAUGAUCAACUCCCACUUUUCUGCUCAGAUGUCGAAAUCAGGAGAGAAUGGCACAUAACUGAUCCCAAAUGAAGAUUCUGUCUUAUCUGAACAGAGGCCAUUUUUGUAUCCUCUUUGUCCUCAAGUGCAGAUCCUACAAGUCAAAAGUAGUAUCUGCUAAGCUGCUACUGUAGUUGCAAGACCAUUCAUGUGAAGUUGCAAUCCUUAAGAUUUCAAUUCUUGAUGAUUUGACUCCAUUGUGGAAGUGACAAACCCUGCCAUUAAUGAUGGAAACUAUACAGAGAAAAUUACUGAAUGUAAAUACACUGGAUGACCGUUUUAGAAAAAUGCAUAAUAGCAUCAAAAACUGUGUGAGAUUUCAUGAAAAUCUUAAGGAUUCUACUUCAUGGUUUUGAAAUUAAGAUGCUAAAACAUUUCCACUCAGAAAAACACAGGAGGUGAAAUGUGGGAUUGCUGCGGUGGCUCAAGUUCAGUCCUGUGCUCUGAUGUUCUAUGUAGCCACUUUGGAGUCAAACUAGCACACCUGCUGAGUGCUGACUGAGCUGGGACAUAUUGCACGUUGUCAGUUUGGAGAGAUGGAUUUUAAAGCUUUGCUUAUUAUCACCUUAUUCCCCUGGUGGGCAUCAUGAUGUAUAUACAGUACAGUAAAAGCACUGGGCAGUGUAUGUAGCAAAUGUAACCAGUAUUGAGCCACUUCAGGAUCUUAAAUUCCCAGCUUCUACACUCAGCGAGAGCUUUUUUUGGUUAAUCUUAUUUGGCCAGUGCAUUGUGGUUUUGCCUUAAUCAUGAAAUGGAUUAUAUACCACAAAAGUAUGUAAACUAUUUUCUUCUAUGGUUUGCCAGUGAAGCAGAGACAUUUGCUGCAUACAGGACUGUGUACAAGCAGUCUGAAGCAUUUCUUAAUGUGCAGUGUGUUCAAAUUAUAUCCCUAGAAAUGUGUUAUCCUUAUGAUUGUUCAACUCUGUAAUAAUUUUUCUGUGUGAUACUUUGAAACAAAUGUUGAAAAUAACUUAUAAGUGUAACACAUUCUGUAUCCUGUCUACUCCAAUAUGCUAGCAGGAACUAUACAGUAGUAAUAUUGUGCUUAUUCUUGGAAUAUUUAUAUGUAUUUUUUACAGGCUUUGUAUAGAAAAACACCUAAAGCUUAAUUAAGUGGCAGGCAUGUACCACUUUCACGUGUUCAAAUCUGAUCUAUAUCUAGAGCAGUAUGUGUUCUGUAUUUAAACCCCAUCCUUGCACAUGAAGUCUUUACCCUCUAACAGGCACACCAGAUGUUUGCAAGGAGUAAUACCCAGUGGUAUGAGAAUUAUAUUUGAGUCUACUUUAACAGCUUGAGCAGUAUUUCCAGUUUUGUAUAAAAGGGUACUCUUUCCUGAUUACCUCUUGUUAAUAAAUCUAUUCUUUCUCAGGGGGAGAAGUGUCUUCAAGACUAACAAGUGUUUUAACCUGUGGACAGUAUUACCCAGUGAACUGUGUUUGCGGGGCGGAGAUCUGUGGUGAGGUUACAGAAGAAGUCUUGUCACGUAACGGCCCACCCUUUUCUGUUGUGUUCAUUUAACACAGUUAUUUUUUACAAGAAGGUAAGUCACUGCACAUGAAGCACGUGACUUGAAUUUUUUUGUUCAUUCAUUUUUGUUUAUUGCAAAAUGUCGUUGUUUUUGUAAAAUAUCGUGACAUCGUUUGCAGCAGGCAACUAAAAACAACAGAAUAACGUUAUUUUUAUAAUAAACAUUUGUGUAAAAAGUA